CACCCAGUCUAAAUCAUUGGCUCAACUCUCGGCGGAUGUUUGCUGGAGGUUCCUAUGAUCUUUGAUUUCAAUUGAGCAAUCCGUUUAGAAACAAAACUCCCAAAAGACUCCUGCCCUUGCUGAGAGCGGGGCCGAACACAACGAGUCACGCGUGUUUCCAUUUGAGUUGUGUUUAGGAUUAAGAACUGCAGAUAUGUUUGGGAUGAUAAAAAACUCGCUGUUCAGCCAGAUUGAACACAGACCGAGUCAGACGCUGAACUCGGAAACCAAGGGAGAGCUGAGCUACGAGGAGAGGAGAUAUGAGCCGGGUAAUUACGCCAGCGUGACCAUCAGUGGAAAGCCAUUCGACGAGGGAUCGGGUGAAGGAGCCGUAAAACUGCUCAAGUAUCUCGGAGGAAGCAACGAGGAAGGCCUGCAGCUGGGGAUGACGUCUCCGGUCAGCAUGAGCGUCCGGCCGAGCGAAGAGGAGGGGGGCAGCCUGCAGCCCACAGUCGAGGUGCAGGUUCGCAUUCCCGCCCAAUUCCAGGAGAACAUCCCCAAGCCGACGGACGAGAGCAUCGAGAUCAAACGUGUGGAGGGGUUCACCGUCUACUCCACGCAGUUUGGCGGCUACGCCAAGGAGGCUCAUUACGUGGAGUACGCGGGAAAGCUGCGGGAGGCGCUGGGAGAUACGGAGCGCUACCAACGUGACGUUUACCAGUGCGUCGGCUACGACCCCCCCUUGAAGCCCAUCGGCCGCAGGAACGAAGUGUGGUUCCUGAAGCAGGAGGAUGUGGCGCCGGUCGCAAGGUCCGGAUCGCAGUGAGCGCCGCUCCUGUGCCGACAAACGUCCCCGCGGCACGGCACCUCCUCCACCGCCAAAACCAUCUCCAGAAUCUCUCAUCUGUCCGCAACUCAGUCGUAAAGUCAGUGUCACAGUCAUGGGGCACGCAAACAGGCCCUUCAGCCCAACUUGCCCAUACUGACCAACAUGUCCCAUCUACAUUAGUCCCACAUGCCCACAUUUGGCCCAUAUCC